AGUGCGGCACAUGAUUGUGGCAAGUGCGGUAGGUCUUCAUCAGCUAAUUUUACAUAAAAUUAAACUAAAACCAAUUUUUACAAUUUGAAUUGAAAUAAGUGAUAUUGUGCCCAUUAGUGCGCAUCUAAAAUAACAAAAAACCUAUAGGGCAUCAGUGAGCAAAACUGAUUUUGUCUUGCUAGAAUCCACAAGUUGUUUUGGGUAGUUAUGGGUACAGAAUACAAGGAUGGAGAAGUGAACAUGGAAGAUUCGGGUAAUAGUUGUGGAAGCAGUGUCGUUUCAGAUUUUAGUGGCCCAUCGGAUCACACCGACUUCGACGGGGACAAUGUGCAAAUUUCCGAUCUUGAGGGCGAGAACGACUCGCAUAUCCUACAGUGUGGAAUAACUGAAGACGACUCUGCUGAUGAAGAACUCGGCGUGGAUACGCUUAUACCGUACAGUUACACUAGCUGCAGCAGCAGCACCCCUACGACGUCCGGUCCAGACUCCAAAGAUGUGGAAUUACAACAACGGCUGGCAGUGCUCAGUUUCGAGCAAGUGUGUCGUCUCAACGAUGUGAUGGACGAAGUAGUGAGCAUUCAUGGCCGCGGCAACUUCCCCACGCUGGAAGUUCGUUUGCGGGACCUAGUGGACAUAGUUCGCGAGAAGCUGGAGGCUGACACGGCCUCCGGAGGCGCAGGGAUGCGAGUGCGUGACAUCAGGCUGAACGGCGGAGCCGCUUCCCAUGUCUUCGCCACGGAAACUCAGUCCUACAACGAUCUGGAUCUCAUUUUUGGCGUGGAAUUGUCCUCGUCCGUUCGCAACUUUGACCGAGUCAAGUCCGCCGUUUUAAGCUCGCUCUACGAGAUGCUACCUGAUGGGGUCAGCCGGAAGCGCAUAUCCACCUGCAGUCUAAAAGAAGCCUACGUCAGCAAGAUGGUCAAAGUAAACAGUGCGAACGGUGGCGACCGAUGGUCCCUAAUCUCUCUUGGAAACUUCCGCGGCAGAGGCGUCGAGUUAAAAUUCGUAGACACCAUGCGUAGACAGUUUGAAUUCUCCGUGGACUCAUUCCAAAUCAUCCUCGACUCACUUCUUCUCUACUACAAAUGCAGCGAGCUAGAAAUUAGCGAGAACUUUUACCCCACCGUUGUUGGUGAGUCUGUAUACGGAGACUUCCAAGAGGCUAUCUAUCAUUUGCAAAAGAAGCUGAUCUCAACUAUACACCCGGAAGAGAUCCGUGGAGGCGGUCUGCUCAAGUACUGCCACCUACUAGUCAAAAACUACAAACCGGCACAUCCGGACUAUAUCAAGCUAUUGCAAAAAUACAUGUGCUCACGCUUCUUUAUAGAUUUUCCGGACAUCCAGCAGCAAAGGGGCAAGCUGGAGAACUACCUAUGGAACCACUUCGUGGGCUCGGACGAGGAAACUCUCAAACAUCAGUACCUGAUGCUCUUACACGACGUGGUUGAAGAGUCCACGGUUUGCUUGAUGGGCCAUGAGAGGCGCCAGACGCUGCAACUGAUUAAGAGCUUGGCGUGGCAGGUCCUGUACCAGCAGGACCAACAGCGUAUGAUGACCCAACAGCCCCCACCUAUUGUCUACGCCAACGGUAUUUAUUAUGCGCCCAUCAUCCAGACCACGGGCGGAUGCUUCUGCCCCUGCAACAAUCCGUGGAUGCAGCAGUGCAGUUCGUGAGUGGUGGUAGUCCCAGAUCUGAUUCUAGAUCUGAUCGCUGCCCAAUUUGAGAACUGUAUUUUUUUUUAAGUGACUUGAUACACUUCCUCUAUCGUGCAAACAAAAAACAGUUGCUGACUGACGGUUUUAUGGGCAAACCAAAAAAAUGGGAUUUUGAAUGUACUACCAUAACCAAAAUACUACAAAAAUUAAUUUUGGCUAUGUAACUAUAUUCAAUCAUCAGCGUCUUUACUAAUUCACCAGCUGGUGAUUAAAAAAAACAUUCCUUUUGAGAAUAUAAGAAAAAGUGUUAAUCGUUGUUUUUGUAUACUGUAUGAGGCUGAAAGUAUCUCGUAAAAUUAAAUGACGCAUCAUCGGUGUGUGGCUGUGAACACAUUUAGAAAUGGGACCUUACCAAUUGUUUGAAUAACUACCAAUGCAUCCUUGAAAAAUCGAAUCAAAAAACAAAAUUAUUUAAUUGGGAUUUUUUUAGGAUGUUGGUUCCAUUUUUAACAUAAUAUUAUUGGGUUGUGCACAUGAGAUCUUAGCGAUUGGAGCAACAUAUUUUAUUAAUAAAAAUAAAUUAAUACUGGGAUCAGCCUGAAGAGUCCGCUUAGCUCAAAUAUUAAAGCCCAGUCAUUCAUUGCCUCAAAAAAAUUACUUAAAUGUAAUUUAUAUUACACUUAUGAUUAUUUCAUUGCAUUUUUUAUACUUUCACUUAAAUAGUCUGCUACAGCAAGGAAGUAAGGCUCUUUAUUAUAAAAUAAAACAUAAACUUUUUUAGAAGUUUUAUUAUAAAACUUGUAUACAAAAAUAAUAAAUGAAUCAUAUUUAUGUAAAAAUAUAUGCUUAACAUAGCAACCUAUUGCAGCAAAAUUAAAUUAGGUAGACUUUUCUCAAAAUUUUAUUUAAACAAAAACCGUGAAAUUCUAAAAACUUUUAAUCGUUGGUUUAAUAUUUAAAAUUUAUUAACGACAAAUAUUUAAAAAAGUCUUGUGUAUUUCCACGAUACUCGGGGACUUCUGUCCCGCCCGUCACAAUUGAAAAUUGUGAGUAAAAACUACACGUUAUAAAAUUUAUUUUAAAAUAUGGUUUAUUAUACUUGUAAUAAGCUUAUAAGCAC